AUGGCCCCCGAUGCCGGGGCGGCCCCUUCAACGGUUCCCGCGACGACCCGGGCCGCGGCAUCCCCACGAGCACCCACGGCCCCACCCGCUCGGGGGAUCUUCCGGGGUUUCACGCUCCGGCGCAAGCCCCCGAAGGCCGAUUCGUUGGCAAGCGCCGGCAAGAGGGAAAGGGACAAUUCUCCGCCUGCCGCGCCGAGCAAGAAGGCGUGCACGGACACCAGCAGCGGCGCCGACCGAGCUGACACAGGGGCCUAUGGCGCCGCCACCGCAUCCGCCGGCGUCCUAGCCCCGAUGGAGAUGGCGCUGGCAACAGGCCCAAGCACGCCCGCACCAGGAGCGGGCGCUACGGUGGUUAACUUCGACUUCGACGUCAAGGUUACGGCGACGACGGAGGAGCCGGAGGCAGUCCCCACGCCAAGCCCUGUCAUGCCAGCCGCAGCGGCAGCGGCGACCACCGCCGCCACCGGGACGGCGUCCGGCGACACGCCAGUGGCCGCAGACGCUGCUGGCGCGGAUUCUUCUGCCACCCAGCAGGGGGCGGAGCUCUACCGGCGGCUGGAGGCUCAGCGCGCCGAGCUCCAGGGAGCUCUGGACUUGCUAGCGGCGGCCCAGGCGGAAACCAAGAAGGAGCACGCUGAGGUGCUCGCUGCGGCCCAGGCUCGGAUCGACGAGAAGGGCGGUCUAAUCCCCAACUAUCUCGGCGAGAUCCAAGGCCUGUGCGUCAAGCUGGAGGUGCAGAUCAAGGCCACCGCAAGUGCGGUGGACGCGUCAGUCCGACACGAGAUCCAGCUCCACGCUGCCAAGGACAAAGCAGCCCGGCUCGAGACCGAGUUGGCCACUGUCCAGGAGGAGCUCGCCAAGGCCGGCGAGCCCAACGCGACCCAGGCCGUGCAGCUCGCGUUGCUGGCGAGCCGCCUCCACAAGGCCAAGAAGGCCGUGGAGGUGGACGGCACAGAUGUCUCCACGCUGAUCCCGUUCUUCUCCGACUUGGUGGGGAAUUUCACGGUGCUCGACGUCUGGAUCGCCAAGUUUGGCACUGAUGAGGUUGCCAACUGCGCCCGGGAGAUGGCUGCCAACGGAGAGUUUCACCAGGCUGGACAGGGCGACUUUCCUUUUGAGGCACAGCUACGUGAUGUGACCACAUACCUGCGCAUGCCUUCACCAGAGUUCCGUGCUUACCGUUACGCGGACCGCCCAGGACACGUCGACAUCAGCGCCAAGAUCCGUGGACGUCAGGUUUACCCCGUCACCAGGGACGUCACCUUCACCGUGGAAGCAGAUACCUGGGAGGCUGGCCUGAUAAAGGCUAUGCAGGAGGCUCUUGCCCGUAUCUGCGGCGACGCCCAACAGUACGACGACCUCGAGCGUUACCUCGACAGUGUCCAGAGUCAGCAUGAGGUCACUAGGAUCAUCUCAGAUGCACACCUCCACGCCCGAGAUGAGCUGAACCGGGAGUUAGCCCUGGCUGAUGUCCAGAUCGCCGCCCUCAAGCGGGAGAAUGAUCUGCUGAAGACCAAGGACAUGGAGUCACAGCAGAAGGGUCAGGAACUGGAGGCCCUGAACAAAGACGCCAAGGACGAGUUGCAGCAGCUUCAGGAGACAGCUGUCAUACAGCAAGAGGAGCUAGGGGAAGCAGUAGAUGAGAAGGAGGAACUAAAGAAUCAGAUCAAUAGCUUUGAGAUGGAAGUGCACCUUCUCAAGGGAACCAUUUCCACCCUCCGGGAAGAGCUGGAGGAGGCACGUGACAAUGGAGAGGAUGUUCAGGCUAAGGAUGAGGCUUUCCUCAGCAAUGACGAGGACUACGAGGAGGAGAUGCAGUUCACAGUUGAGGUACAGAAGCUCCUCCUGGGGAUUCUGCUCGCCUCCCGCAAACUGCUCCUGACUGUGCCUGCAGCAGGAGCGGGCGCCAUGGUGGUUGACCUCGGCUCUGACGCCGAGGACGCAGGGACGAGAAAGGAGCCGGAAGGGGCUCCUGCACCUAGCUCCCCCGCGGCGGACACGGUGGUGGCGGCGCCCGCCGCGCUAGCCGGGGGCGCGGAUCCCACGGCCACCCCGUAG